GGUAGUCGUAUUGCAGGGAGAGCGAGCAUUCGUGUUCGAGUCGAGAAAAAUGGGGAGGGGAGAGAGACCCACGUGCGGACGGCAGCCUGCUCCCUACGUCUAAAUAAGUUGUUAAACCCUGCGGGGUGGAUAUCCUCUCCGUUUAAGACAGCUUUUUGCAAUCAUUUAUUUCUUCGUACAAAAGCAAAGCGUGCACAUGAAGGGAACAUGAACACACAUCGAGCUGGGAAGAUUUGGAGGCAGGCUCUGGAGACCCAUAGCAAGGUCGGAGUGUGCGCGCGCAUUCUGUGAGCUGCGCUGCCUGCAAACCUAUGAACCUGCUGGUCAGGGGAUUUUGAUAAGCCCUGGAGUCGGAAGCCCUGCUGGAGGUGUAUGUUCUGUGGCUGAUACCUAAUCACUUGGAGUCGCCUGGUAUCGUGACGAGAUGCUGACUUAGGAGAUAUAACCCACAGUGAUCAUAAUGCUCCUCUGCUGAUUGAUCAGGCUUCCUAGAUGUGUUAGUUGCUAUGGGAGAUUGGAGCAGUGUAACAGUGGCAGAGCUAUCCUCAGAUAAUAAUAUUACUUGGUGUACCUCAGCCAGAAAUAUGUCUCCCUCAAGCUUAAGUGUGUCUCAAGUGCAAAACUCAACACUGCCUCUGCCUAAAAGCAUGCACAGCUUUUUCAGUGCCUUCUGCACAGAAGAGAAUAUUGAACAGAGCCUCUCCUAUCUUAACAAGGAAUUGACCACACUUGGCUUCCCAUCACUUUAUGCUGAUUCCAGAGGCAAAGAAUUAAGCAUAGUGUCUGUCUUAAACUGUAUGAAUGAGCUACUGCUGCUGCAACGUAAAACUCUACGUGCUCAGGAAGAAACAGAAACGCAGCAUCUGAAACUGGGCAGUGAUAUGGACCAUCUGCAGAACUGCUACAUUAAGUUAAAGGAGCAGCUGGAAUCUUCUAGAAGAGAAACUGUUGGACUUCAGGAAAGGGAUAGGCAACUUCAGUGUAAGAACAGGAAUCUUCACCAGUUACUGAAGAAUGAAAAAGAUGAGAUCCAGAAGCUACAGAAUAUUGUUGCAAGUCGAGCAUCCCAGUAUAAUCAUGAUAUGAAGAGGAAAGAACGAGAAUACAACAAACUGAAAGAGCGCUUUCAUCAGCUUCUUAUGAAUAAAAAGGAUAAAAAAAUGGCUAUGGAUAUUUUAAAUUAUGUCGGCAGAAUUGAUGGCAAGAGAGGUGCAUGGAGAACUGGGAAAACUGAAGCUAAAAAUGAAGAAGAAAUGUUCAAAACCCUCUUAAAUGAGUAUGAACAGCGCCAGAAACAGCUUCUAAUUGAAAAUGCUGAACUGAAAAAGUUACUUCAACAGAUGAAGAAGGAGAUAAUUUCUUUGCUUUCAUCGCAGAAGCAGAUGCCUAAAGAGAAGAUUGAAGAUAGCAGUGGGCUGGUAUUGUCAGACUUGGAGGAAGACUCUGGAGAAGCAAAUAAAGAGAACAUGUGGGAACUUUCUUGUGAAACGGUGCGUGAACAGCUUGCUAAUAGCAUUCGAAAACAGUGGAGAAUGCUGAAAAAUCAUGUUGAAAGCCUGGAUAAUCAAGUAUCACAUGUAUAUUCUGGCUCUCUGAGUGACAAAGAUACAAUCUCAAGGCACGAGCAUGAACUGGAAGUUGAAGGACUACAGCUGGAAAUUCAGCAGUGCAAGGAGAUGAUAAAAACUCAACAACAGCUUUUACAGCAGCAGCUAACUUCUCCAUGUGAUGAUGAUACCAAUAUGUUGCUACAGGAUUGUUACUUGCUGGAAGAAAAAGAGAGACUCAAGGAAGAAUGGAGACUGUUCAGAGAACAAAAGAAGAACUUUGAAAGAGAGCGCAAAAGUUUUACAGAAGCGGCUAUCAGAUUAGGACUGGAGAGGAAAGCAUUUGAGGAAGAUCGUGGAGUUUGGCUGAAGCAACAGUUCUUAAAUAUGACUUCUGAUCAAAAUAAGGCUGACCGGAUGAAAGCUCAGAAUGCUUUCUUGGGAAGUUCGGAAUCAGAUAACCCAUUAACAAAUGUCAGGUCACUCCAAAAGAAAUCAAAUCACUUGUUCAAUGUACCCAAAUUUUCAGAUGUUUAUCAAACAACUCAGCAUAUUCUUGAGAGCAGCUUGAGUACUUUUCUGGAUAAAACACAUGAAGACCAAAAGCCCAGCCAGAUUAAAAGGGAGCCAUUAAUGCUACAGAUUAAGGAAGCCAGCCCUUUGGCAGAAGACAAUGGGAACAAUGUACAUGGGCUACUAUCAGCAGAUUUAUGCACAGAGCACAUCAUUAACUCAUCUUAGCUUUUUGAACAUUCUUGCUCUUUUUGUUAAGCUGUUUCAUCCAUAAAUUUUUUGAGUUUCACAAAAUGGUAUAUUUGUGAGUGGAAUUGAUGGUGAUAGCCAUUGUGCUGUAUGUGUGGCUUUUUAAGAUUCCCUCUUUGCCCCAAAAAACUUUCCUAUAUGUCCCUUUUAGAAAGAGAGUCUCUGCCCUUCUCUCUGUAUAAAUAGUAAAUCUUUAUUCAGAUUUAUGUAUAUUCUUAUUACAGAUGAUAUGGUUCUUUAAUUGAAGGAAUGUGUGGUUUUUUAAAAAAUGAAAUGCUUCAGCAUUUGUAUGUUUUCCUGCAAGCAAAAGUAGCACUUUUAGCACUCAGUUUAUGAUGAAUUGUUCACUUGUAUCUCAAGUGUAACUGGAAUUGAAACUUUUACCCCUUAACUUGAAUGUAUAGUAUAUUAUAGAAUAACAUGGCAGGUUCUGUAUUUAUUGUGUAAUUUUGGAUUACCUCUUUUCAUAUAUUUUAAAUAAAAAGCAGGACUUAGCUUUCAAAUGGAUAAGAUAUAAAGCAUUAUGUGACAAUGCCAUAAAAUGUAUGAAGCCCUACACUCCUCAAACCAUAGUAUUUUACAUGCCAACUGUAACUUUUUUUUUUUAAACAAUGCUUAUGAAUGAGGUUUUUUUAAGGAUCAUUUCAGGAAAAAAAUCUUUUAAAAUACUGCAACAAAAAUGUAGUACUACAAAAUAUGGAUGAAUGUACACGGGGAGGGUGCUUUUUUAGGAGGAGGUCCUUACGAUUUAGAUUCUGUACAGUGAGACAGAGGUAAACAUUAUGCCUCUAGUUUAAAGUGUUCUACCUGGCCUUUGGAAUCCAACAAUCAAACAGUUCUGUCAUGUUCCUGAUGUAAGAACUGUUGAGGGGUCUGUGCUUGAAGAGCCAAUCUAUAUUAGAAUGGAGAUAUGCCAGAUGAUUCAGAAGAGAGAUUGCAAUAUUUUUCCACUGCACAGUCUAAUUAUAGAUGAUGCAUGCUUCAACUUAGCAAAUCAGUAGUCUUGGACUCUAUCUGAAAGUGUCCCAGUUUUUAAAAGGAAAUAAAUGUUACAAUGUGUAUUUCAAAUUUAAGAGUCUUUUUUUUUCCAAUUCACACAUAAGAACAGAUCCAGUACCUAUUUAGACCUUUAAGGAAUUAAAGGUUGGCAGCGGUUUUUACAGUGCUUAUGGGUUGGGAAGAAGUGCUCUGAAGUGGGUGAAUGAUCAAAUGGUGUUUCAGUUUAAGCUAAGCAUAAAAUGACGCACUUUGGAGUAAAGCCUGAAACUUCAUACUCUGAUGGAGUCUGAACUGACUGUAACUAACUGGGAAAAAGAUGUUGGGGUGAUAAUAUUGUAACUCAAUAAAGAUGUGAACUCAGCAGCAGCAGUGAAAAAAGUGACUGUGAAUCGGGCUUUCUGAUCCAGAAAUAUGCACAACUGGCACACAAAAUGGAUUUGUGCAGAAGCUCUGCAGACCCCAUCUGCCAUCUGUUUCUCAAAUGGGAGCAGAGUCCGCAUUGCACACCGGUUAUGUAUGGGGGAGUGGAAUCCCCAUAAUUAAAAAUGGAAAGUCUCCAGAUCCAAGGAGCCCUCAUAGCCAUGGCCACUCUAUGGUUAAGCUGAAGCUUAUUCUUCCCCAUCCAGAUCCCCACAUCCUCCAGACACU